UUUUUCGUCAGAUAUCGUGCAGUCGCGCACCAAAAAUUCAACAGUAUGGCGCCUCCCGGUAAACGUCACCGUGCGCAAAGCACGAAAAUUCAAGUCAUUAAAAGAAGGCUUGCAAAGUUUCAGGCAAAAUACCUAACAACUGAUUUUGCGAAAAGAUUAGUAUUCGAUCCAAGUUUGCUAUGGGUUUCCGCAAUCCUUCUACUCGUCGGAGAAUUGUUUGUGAAUGUGCUAGUCAUACAGCGAAUUCCAUAUACAGAGAUAGAUUGGAUAGCUUACAUGCAAGAAGUUGAAGGAGUUGUAAAUGGGACAUGGGACUAUUCCAAAUUGAAAGGAGACACUGGUCCUCUGGUCUAUCCAGCUGGAUUUGUUUAUCUUUUCACUAUCCUCUACUAUCUCACUAAUUAUGGGAAAAACAUAAGACUUGCUCAGUACAUUUUUUGUGGGAUCUACCUGAUAACUCUAGCUUUGGUCUUCAGGAUCUACUCUAAGUCACGCAAAAUCCCACCAUACAUGCUGAUUUUCAUCUGCUGCACUUCAUAUAGAGUUCAUUCAAUAUAUGUUCUAAGGCUCUUUAACGAUCCAGUGGCAAUUAUGUUCUUAUUUUGUUCAAUAAACUUAUUUAUGGAAGGUUAUUGGACAUUGGGCAGUGUAUUUUACAGUUUUGCAGUUUCUAUAAAAAUGAAUAUUCUGCUAUUUGCACCAGCAUUAUUGCUGGCGUACAUCGCUAGCCAAGGAAUUUACGGGACUCUUAAACAACUUACCAUUUGUGCUGGAUUGCAAAUUGUCUUAGGUGCCCCAUUUCUAUUAGCAAAUCCAUUGGCAUAUUUAAUAGGAUCUUUCAAUUUGGGCCGCGUCUUCCUGUUUGAAUGGACGGUCAAUUGGCGUUUUCUUCCGGAAGAAAUAUUCAUUCAUCCCGGUUUCCACAUUACCCUUUUGCUUCUUCACGUAGUGCUACUAGCGAUCUUCGCCAAACCUUGGUUUAGAUACAUGAAAAGUUUCGCUAAGUUGCAACCAACUGGAGUUGGAAUAGUUUCACAACUUUUUUUGCUACCUCUUUUCACUGCCAACUUGAUUGGAGUGGCUUUCAGCCGUUCCUUACAUUACCAAUUUUAUGUUUGGUAUUUCCAUACUCUGCCGUAUCUUCUCUGGUCCACCCCAUACUCCAUAUGGCUGAGGUUAUGUAUCUUAGGCUUCAUUGAAAUGUGUUGGAAUACUUUUCCCUCGACAUAUGCAAGCAGUGCCAUAUUGCACGUAUGUCACUUUUUAAUUAUUUGUGGCAUUUUCUGGAGGCGCCAUCCAACCAAAGACCUGAAAAUCGACAUUAAAAAGGACAAGUGAUAACUUUUAAUACAUUAAUUAUUCACCUUUGCGUUUCACCCUUUCCAGUUUGAAGUGUGCUCUUGUGCGUGCGAGAAAGUAAACACUCUGGUAUCUGACUUAGUGUGAUGAUAAAUACAAUUUUCGCUGCCAAAAA